AUGUACCGAUCCAUGAAGUCUUUGGCCCUGCUCGGCCUCUUGGCUCCGGCCUACGCCCACCCUGCCCACGGCCACAAGUCGGCCCUCGCCCGCCGUGGCGUCGACAUCGAGGCUUUCCGUCUGCCCCAGCUUGGUUCUUACACCAACGCCACGCUGACGGAAUCGAACCCGCCCAUCGCGCUCCUCAAGCGUGAGAGCUAUGUUGACACAGCUACUGAGCUUGUCCAGAAGCUCGCACCCAACGCGGAAUUCCGCGUUGUUGGUGACCACUAUGUUGGAACCAACGGCAUUGCCCACGUCAACUUCAAGCAGACUGCCCACGGUCUCGACAUUGACAAUGCUGACUUCAACGUCAACAUCGGCAAGGAUGGAAAGGUCUUUUCUUUCGGUAACAACUUCUUCUCCGGAGAGAUCCCUGAGGCCAGCCCCCUCAACAAGCGCGACUUCAAGGACCCCGUCGCCGCUCUCAACGGCGCCAAGGACGUUCUUCAGCUUCCCGUUGAGUCCGCUGACGCUUCUGCCGAGGCGAAGGAGGGCAAGGAGAUCUACACCAUCAAGGGUACCUCCGGCGCCGUCUCCGACCCCGAGGCCAAGCUCGUCUACCUUGUCAAGGGCGACGGCUCCCUUGCCCUCACCUGGCGUGUCGAGACCGACAUCACUGACAACUGGCUUCUGACCUACGUCGAUGCCCAGUCUGGUGGUGAGGUUCACGGUGUCGUUGACUAUGUCUCCGACCUUGCCAACUACCGCGUCUACCCCUGGGGAGUCAACGACCCCACUGAGGGUGACCGCGUCCUCGUCUCUGACCCUUGGGACAUUGCCGCUUCCGAGUUCACCUGGCACAGCGACGGCCCGGGUUCCAACUACACCACCACCCGUGGCAACAACGGUAUUGCUCAGUCCAACCCCAGCGGUGGCAGCACUUACCUGAACAACUACCGCCCUACCAGUUCGUCCCUCAACUUCGACUACGAGUACACCACCAGCAUGAGCACUCCCUCUGCUUACAUCGAUGCUUCCAUCACCCAGCUGUUCUACACCGCUAACCACUACCACGACCUGCUCUACGAGCUCGGCUUCAACGAGGCGGCUGGUAACUUCGAGAUCAACAACAACGGUCAGGGCGGCGCUGGCAACGACUUCGUCAUCCUUAAUGCUCAGGAUGGCUCUGGUACCAACAACGCCAACUUCGCCACUCCUCCCGAUGGCUCUCCCGGCCGUAUGAGAAUGUACCUGUGGACUCAGUCUACUCCUCGCCGCGACUGCAGCUUCGAGGCCGGUGUCGUCAUCCACGAGUACACUCACGGUCUGUCCACCCGUCUGACCGGUGGCCCUGCCAACUCCAACUGCUUGAACGCUGUUGAGUCCGGUGGUAUGGGUGAGGGUUGGGGUGACUUCUUCGCUACCGCCAUCCGCCUCAAGCCCACCGACACCCGUGCUACCGACUACCCCAUGGGUGCCUGGGUCUACAACAACCCUGCCGGUAUCCGUACCGUCCUCUACUCCACCUCCAUGACCACCACCCCCAACACUUACUCUACCAUCAACGGCGUCACCGCUGUCCACCGCAUUGGUGAGACCUGGGCUACUAUCCUUUACGAGGUUCUCUGGAACCUCAUCGACAAGUACGGCAAGAACGAUGGCCCCCGCCCCGAGUUCAACAACGGCGUUCCCACCGACGGAAAGUACCUCACUCUCAAGCUGGUCAUGGACGGCAUGGCUCUGCAACCCUGCUCUCCCAACUUCAUCCAGGCUCGUGAUGCCAUCCUCGACGCCGACACUGCUCUCACCGGUGGUGCCAACCAGUGCGAGCUCUGGACCGCCUUUGCCAAGCGUGGUCUGGGAUCCAACGCUGUCUACAGCUCUUCCAGCCGCCGCGACGGCUUCACUAUCCCCUCCGGUGUCUGCUAA